AACGGGGAAGCUGCGAAAGGAGAGGGGUAACCUUUAGCCUGAUCUCUCAUCAAGGAGCCCCGGGCUGGGCGUUGAAGGGCUGGUUUCCCCGUCUCCGAGCAGGCGAAUGGAACGCUGUGCUGGGCGGUAGAAAGUCGAGCCAGGAGAAGCGGGCUGCUGGCAGAGCGGGGGCGGCAUCGGCAUCGGCGAGCGUGUUGCUUCAUCUUCAGCUUGGAUCCAAGAAUGGACAUUAUAAUCUAUGAUGAUUACUCCAGUUCAUCGCUUCAGAGAUAUUGAGAGGAAACCAGAAUAUCUUCAACCGGACCAGUGUGUCCCACCUCCCAGCCACAGUUCCUCAGAAACAAUGUGGUUUAUUCGAGAUGGUUGUGGUAUUGCCUGUGCAGUUAUCACCUGGCUCCUGGUAUUUUAUGCUGACUUUGUAGUCAUCCUCGUAAUGCUACUUCCAUCAAGAGACUAUAUUUAUAGUGUGAUCAAUGGAAUAGUUUUCAAUACUUUGGCAUUCCUGGCUCUGGCUUCACAUUUGAGAGCAAUGAUAACAAAUCCAGGUGCAGUGCCCAAAGGUAAUGCCACAAAAGAAUUCAUAGAGAGCUUACAGUUGAAACCAGGACAAGUAGUUUAUAAGUGUCCAAAAUGCUGUAGUAUCAAACCGGACAGAGCACAUCACUGCAGUGUUUGUAAGAGAUGUAUACGGAAAAUGGAUCACCACUGCCCAUGGGUUAAUAAUUGCGUAGGAGAGAACAACCAGAAAUACUUUGUACUGUUUACAAUGUAUAUAGCACUAAUUUCUCUGCAUGCUCUAAUUAUGGUUGGAUUUCACUUCCUAUAUUGUUUGGAAGAAGACUGGACAAAGUGCAGCUCUUUCUCUCCACCAACUACUGUGAUCCUCCUGAUCCUCUUGUGUUUUGAGGCUCUCCUUUUUCUCAUUUUCACAUCUGUAAUGUUUGGAACGCAGGUGCAUUCCAUCUGCACUGAUGAAACAGGUAUAGAACGGCUUAAAAAAGAGCAGCCAACCUGGGAAAAAGCCAGCGGCUGGGAAGGGAUGAAACUGGCUUUCGGGGGUAAUUUUUCACUGCGAUGGUUCAGUCCCUUUUCAGACCUGAAUUGCAAGAAGGCUCCACCAGCUGGGACUGCAACAGUUGCUCCAUCAGAGAUGGUUGUGCAAGAAGCCUUUGAACCAUUUUAUGAUCCAAUGAUGGUUGUGGAAGUAUUAAGUGAUUAAUAUAAAGUAUCUUUCCAACUGUUUGGUUUUUUAACGUUUGUGUACUUAAGAGCUAGCUUUAAGGUGCCACUGAUGCAUGAAGCCAUGGAAUCUUUCUUCUUCUCGCUAAGGACUUCAUUCACUAAGCAAAAAAUAAUGCAACUACUUUCCUACGCAUUUAACUGGUGAUGGGUUAACUAUACUUCAAGAAUUGUACUUCAUUACAGAAAAAUUAACCUAUCAUCUUGUUGGGACAGCUUCUAAAAAUAUGAGGGGCAUGUUUUCUCAAGAUUUAAUGGCUGGUCAAAAUCUAAGGUCAGGAAUAUAAUUCUGAUCCAUAAAAUUCCUCCUGAAGUUCAAUGUGAUCAUUUUAAGUGGUCUCGUCUGGAGAUAUUUAUGUGCUCUAAAUUACUGUUUGUGCCAUAAAUGAUAAUUCUAUAGUAAUCAGAACUACAAAAUUUAUACAUAAUGAUUAUUUUUCAGCUAAUUCAUAUUGAUUACCUCAGAAAAGCUUGGGAUGGGGGCAAUUAUAAGAAAUAGCUUGGGCAAUUGUGGACAAAAGCUAAAUUAGGUAAUCAAUCUUUCAUUGUUUUGAAAGAGGUUAUUAGAUUGUUUAUUUACAAAUGUCCAAGCAGUCUAAUUUUAGCAGUGAUUUGUUCAUGCAAUCCUUAAAACUCUCCAUCUGAAGUACAGCUAAUUAUAAACAGGGAUUCUCUUCUACUGUACAUAAUUGGAAGCUCAUGCAUGUGUCCCUGAAGGGUGCACUUGUGUAUGAUUGAGAAAGAGGACAUAGAUAUUUCCAGCAAUAAGUUGUCUUACUGCAUGGAUUUAGUUGAUGACAAGGCAAGCCUAUUAGUGAAUUCUCUGUACAUCUUAAAAACAGACCAAUUAACAUUAGUGUUUAUUGAUACAAUAUGUUCUUAAUAAAAGUGCCAUGCACAGGGUUGUUGGAUAUUUCAGGAUUGAUUUCAUGUCUAGAAACAACAAUGCUGCAAAACACUGUUGUGAUUUGGCAAUCGCAACAGGAUUGUCUCUGGGAAGGGAGACCAAUGAGUCUCCAUAUAAGAGAAUAUUAUUACAGUUAGGAAUAUGAAGGCAAAUCCCUAAGGAUUUUAUUUCAGU